GCUGCAAGGCUGCCACUGUGGGACGAGAAGGGAAGCUAUCUCAAGACUUAGAUUGUUAGCUGUCCUUUUGGGAAGAGGUGCUGUUGGCAGGACCUUCUUCCACACCACCCCUAUCCAUAGGGGGGACAGGAAAGGUGCCACUCGUGGGAGCCCAAACGAAAGGACAUCAUGCCACAGAAUGUCAUUCUCCCAGGCCCUGCGCCCUGGGGAUUCAGGCUUUCAGGAGGGAUAGAUUUUAAUCAACCUUUAAUCAUCACCAGGAUUACUCCAGGAAGCAAGGCCGCAGCCGCCAACCUGUGUCCUGGAGAUUUCAUUCUGGCCAUAGACGGCUUUGGAACAGAGAGCAUGACUCAUGCUGAUGCCCAGGACAGAAUUAAGGCAGCAGGCCAUCAACUGUGUCUCAAAAUUGAAAGGGCAGAAGCUCGCUUAUGGUCUCCCCAAGUUUCAGAAGAUGGGAAAGCACAUCCUUUCAAAAUCAACCUAGAAUCUGAACCCCAGGAUGUGAACUACUUCGAACACAAGCACAACAUUCGGCCCAAACCUUUCAUACUCCCAGGCCGAAGCAGUGGAUGCAGCACUCCCUCCGGUAUUGACUGUGGCAGCGGACGUAGCACCCCUUCAUCUAUCAGUGCCGUUAGCUCUAUUUGCCCAGGUGACUUGAAAGUUGCUGCCAAGAUGGCCCCUAACAUUCCCUUGGAAAUGGAACUUCCUGGUGUGAAGAUUGUUCAUGCUCAGUUUAAUACACCCAUGCAGUUGUACUCAGAUGACAAUAUUAUGGAAACCCUCCAGGGUCAGGUUUCUACGGCCCUGGGGGAAACACCCCCGAUGAGUGAAUCAACAGCCUCUGUGCCUCCCCAGUCAGAUGUAUACAGGAUGCUUCAUGACAAUCGAGAUGGACCUACUCAGCCUCGCCAAUCAGGCUCUUUCAGGGUGCUCCAGGAUUUAGUGGACGACCCUGAUGACCGUCCUGCUGGGACAAGGAGUGUAAGAGCCCCUGUCACAAAAGCUCAUGCUGGCCUCGGGAGUGGACAAAAGAUGCCCCUAUGCGACAAAUGUGGAAGUGGCAUUGUCGGGGCUGUCGUGAAGGCACGUGAUAAGUAUAGGCAUCCAGAGUGCUUCGUGUGUGCUGACUGUAACCUUAACCUCAAACAGAAAGGUUACUUCUUUGUGGAAGGACAACUGUACUGUGAAACUCACGCAAGAGCCCGCACAAGCCCACCAGAAGGAUAUGACGCAAUUACUAUUUAUCCAAAGGCUUAAAUGUCUCAUGUCGAUGCUGAGGGAGCGCGCACACACACUCACCCACACGCAUGCACACAGGAAGAAAUUUAUAGCUUUGGGCAGUCAUACAGCGAAAUGUUUACUCUAAAUCAGAAGUAUUGGAUUUCAAAAGUUGAUUUUAUUACCAAUUGAGGAAUUGGGUUAAGGAAGCAAGUGUCAGCUUGGCGGGGAGUGCGGGGCUGGUGGGGCAGGGAGAGGAACACAUAUAUUUAGUUACAUUUUGCAAGUAUGUUAUCUUUGAGGCUAACAAAGUAACUUGAUGGCAUUUAAAGCAAUAAGAUUUUGUAUGUUUUACUAUUCUAUUAAAAAUUGCUUUUAGAAUGAUAGCACAUGUAAAGAUAUAAUCAAGACAACAUUUUUGUUCAGAUUUUGUUUCCUUAACAAGACUAUUGCAAAUCUAUUACAUAUAAAAUAAUAAUCUUGACAUAA